AUGCUUUCAAGUUUAAGAAUACAGAGAAGAUGUUUCAGUUCAUCUAUAAAAAGAUUAAAUGAACGAAUUACAGAGGAUUCAUUCGCUUCUUUUGGUAAAAAUACAGCUUCAAAAAAAGAUACAGAUACUUUUAUAUCAGUUUUCAAUAAAAUUAUGACAUAUAGAAAAGAAACAAAACAAACAAGUAAAGGUUCAUUACAAUUAAUUUUUGAAAAUAAUUUAAAAAAUAAUACUGAUCAAAAUAAUAAUCAAAAUCAAAAUAAUAUGACUAUAUCAACAAAUACUUCAAAUCAUGAUAUUAGAGAUUUCCCAUUAUCAGUUUCAAGUGAAAUUGUUAAAAAUGAUGAUUUAGAUAUUCAUAGAAAUUUAAUUGAAGAAAUUCAAAAAAAACAAGAAUUAAGAGAAGCUUUAAAACCAACAAUGACUUAUUUAGAUUCAAUUGAUAAUGAUUAUGAUUUAAUUAAAAUUGUGGAAAAUUAUGUAUCAAUAUUUGAACAAGAAACAAAUUCUAAAAAUUUUAAACCAAAAUCUUUAAUAACAAAUGAAUUUUUAUCAGAAAUUAAAUUAAGAUCAGCAACAACUCCUGAAGCUCCGAUCAUUGAUCAAUUUACAUUACCUUUAAUUAUUUCUUUUUUUUUAAAGAAUUUAGCAAUAAAAUUUGAUUCAUCAUUAGAAAUUAUUUCAUUUUUCCAGAAUUUAAAAAAAUUAAACAUUAAAGCUUUCACAUUUUUAUGUACUGAAGAAGUUUAUAAUGAAGUCCUUGAGAGAACAUGGCAUAAAUUUAAAGAUAUUAAAUUAAUGGAUUCUUUAAUUACUGAUAUGAAAGCAAAUGGUAUCAUAGGAGAUUUAGAUACUAUAAGUAUCCUAGGUUUAAUUAUUAAUGAUAUGGAAUUAUUAUUAGAUCCUGUGGAUAACAAGAAUCAAUUUUAUUCAGAAGAAGAUUAUCUUUUAAAAAAAUCAAUUGAACGUUAUAGAAUGGGUUUAAUGCAAGUGGUGUGA